AUGGCAACAACUCAGGCAGCGGCUAAGAGGUUAUGGCGAGAGUAUAAGGACAUAUCGAACCCACGAACCGGAUUAAAACAAGUCCAUGUUGAAAUAGACGAUGAUAACAUUUUUCUAUGGAAGGUGGCAUUAAUAGUGGUCGAUAAGGACGCCGACUACAACGGAGCUUACUUGAAAGGUCAACUGAAGUUUCCGUCCAACUACCCAUUUUCUCCACCGGGAUUCAAAUUCACACCUCCGAUUUACCACCCGAAUGUUUAUAACGACGGCCGACUGUGUAUUUCCAUUUUACACGAGUCUGGAAACGACCAGAACGAUGAGCCCGACAACGAGACGUGGUCUCCGGCCCAGAGCGUGGAGUCCGUGUUGCUGUCGAUCAUCUCUUUGCUAGAAGACCCAAACAUAUCCAGUCCGGCAAACGUGGACGCUGCCAUUUCAUUCAAAAAGCAUCGCGAGGAAUACCGCAAGCGCAUAUCGGUAGAGGUUGCUAGAUCACAGUCGAACAUCCCUGAGGGAUUUGUGAUGCCCAAAGUCGAGGACUUCAAGCACGAUCCCAAAGAAGAAGACGAGCGCCAGGAAGACGACGAGUGGUGGGAGGAUAAUUACUACGAAGGUGAGGACGACUUUGGCGAAGAGGAAGACGACGACGUGAUGGAUGACGUGGAGGACGACGAUUACGACCAAUAUCCGGACUCAGACGAAUAG